AUGCGCUAUUCACUUAUUUCCCUCGUAGCGGUGUGCGUUUCUCUCGCUGCCGCCAAGACGAACUUGAUGAUCGGGCAAGCGUGUGCCAGUAUUGGAGAUCCUAACUGGAAAUCCAACUGCGGCGCUAAUGAUAGGAGACUCUGCAUCAACCUGUGCGACGGCAGGUGCCAAAGUGGUGAUCAAGGAAGGUGGAUGGCAAACCCGAAUGGCGAUUGCGACUGUUACUGCAAUUAA